AUGGUACAAAAGCUCGCUCACAAACCAAGGCCCACAAAGAAAAGCUAUGUUAUUAAUAAGUUUAUUGAGUUUUGCAAGCGCACAGACCUGCACGGCUUCAAAUAUAUUGUGAUGGAAGACCUAAACGUGGUGGAGAGGCUAACAUGGCUCCCAAAUCUGAAGCAGUUGGAUGCUAUAAAAAAAGCAAGUUUAAAACGUGUUUUUAGAUGCUGCUGGGCAGUAGCCGUCUUUGUAAGCAUGAUAAUAGCGAUCAUGUUUGUCAUCACAGCAUACAAGUGGUACGCGAGAAAUCCCGUCGUCACUGUAAUAGAGAGCACCCAGGGUGCAAUCUGGGAUAUACCCUUCCCAGCUGUAACCAUUUGCGAGGUCAACUCCAUAUCAAGAAGAGCGGCUAAAUCGCUAUCCAAAAAUUUAACACUGCCGGCAAAUAUGACAUCGGAAUACAUUUUCCAGGUCUUCAAGUUGGUGCCACUUCUACUAUUUGCUUCUAGUGCUACUGUAGCGCAGAAGAAGAGCCUAGUAGAACUUCAAGAUGUUUUAGACCUCAAUAACAUAUCUAUGGAAACUUUAUAUAGAGAACUAGCCCCAACGUCGUCCUGCGAUAAUUUAAUUCAGCGUUGCAUGUGGAAGAAUAUAAUAUACAGAUGCGAUCAGCUGUUCCAACACGUGAUCACGAAGUUGGGAAUCUGUUGCUCCUUCAACUACUACGCUUUCGAUAGUACGACUGAGAAACGUCCAGAGCUGAUAAGGCUUCCGACACCAAGACGGGUCGCCUCUUGUGGCUACCAGACAGCCCUGACUAUUCUUCUGAACGUCGACGUCCAGGACUAUUAUAGUACAGUCGCUGCCUCGCAUGGGGUUUUGGUGUUAAUAGACAACGCAUAUAAUAUACCAGAUUUAGACUCUCCAGUGCGUAUGGUGAACCCUUCAACUGAGGUGCUCAUCGCUCUGUCCCCAGAAAGGACUUACAGUACAUCUGGGGUCAAGGCAUUCAGCCCUGAACAACGUCAAUGCUAUUAUCAAGAUGAGGCAACUGUGGGAAAGUUCGAGCAAUAUUCAUUUCAUAACUGUAUGGUGUAUGAGAAGAUAAGAAUCAUAAAAAGGGAAUGCGACUGUAUUCCUUUGUACUACCCAUUGAGAGAUGGUUAUCGGACUUGCAACUUUAGAGAUCUUGGAUGCUUGCAUAUGCUAGAAGAUAAAUUAUCGCAGAAAGACGAAGAUAUGUCAUCAGCUGUCCAGUGUCUUCCUGAAUGCGAGCACUACGAUUAUCCUCUCGAAGUAGCCUUGGGGCAGCUCAGUUCCAACGUCCAGCUCAACGGACUGCCUUUUUUUGAAAAUGUGAACAUAGAAAAUUCAUCUGUGCUCAAUAUUUUCUUUAACGAUCUUGUAUCAACCAGAUAUCGAAGGGACGUUUACCUCAACUGGCAGAAUAUACUUGCUGCAUUUGGUGGAUUGCUUAGUCUAAUGCUUGGCUUUACUUUAAUAUCGGGCUUCGAUUUUGUGACUUUCUUCACGUUCCGAAUGAUAUACGACUGCACCCUCGGCAACUUCGUGGGGAAAAGAUGGGAAUCCCAAGAGGAUAAGGUGAUAAAUGUAGUGGAAAAACCAAAAAUACUUGAAUCGACGGAAAAAAGAUAUGAAUCGGCCUGUUGA